AUGCCACAACGCAUCCUCAUCAUUGGAACAGGAUUUGCAGGACUGUGGAGUGCGCUUUCCGCCAAGCGCCUUGUUCAAAUUCAUAAAAAGGAAAAUGAGGUCGAGAUUGUCGUUGUAGCACCCCAGCCUUCACUGGUGGUGAGGCCGAGACUCUAUGAAGACAAUCCUUCAGCCAUGAUACACGACCUUGAGCCAUUAUUUCAAGCCACAAAUAUCGCAUUCGUCGAGGGAUUCGUCGAAGUAAUCGACACUUCUAAAAAGAAUAUUCUUUUUGCUUCCGAGGCUACUGGCAUCGCGACGCUUGGCUACGACCGUCUCAUUCUAGCAGCUGGCAGCUCCGUUGUGCAUCCAAGAGGAGUAGACGGGCUGUCCAAGUAUGCCUUUGACAUUGACUCGAUUACUUCCGCUUCCACCCUUGAUCUUCACCUCAAGAACCGGCCAAACCUGCCGCCGAGCAAAGCCCGCGAUACCGUGGUAGUAUGCGGCGCCGGCUUUACGGGCAUCGAACUCGCCACAGAGCUUCCCUCGCGCAUCGGCUCCGGCGUACGCAUCGUGCUCGUGGAUGGCGCCAGCGAAAUCGGGGCCCAGCUUGGCCCGGGCCCUCGUCCCGCCAUUGCCAGGGCUCUCGACGAGCUAGGUAUCGAGGUGAAGCUCGGAUCUGCCAUUGCGAGCAUCGACAAGACGGGGGUGACGUUGCGGUCUGGGGAGCGCAUCGACACGCUGACGGCGGUAUGGACGGCUGGCGUGCGAGCGACUCCCCUGACGCAGCAGAUUGCCGAAGAAAAAGACGAACUUGGGCGCGUUCGCGUGGAUGCGACACUGCGCGUGCCCUCGACCAAUGACGUCUUUGUCACGGGUGACGCUGCCCACGUUCUUGCUGAUCCGGGGGGCAACGUCGCCUUGAUGUGCUGCCAGCACGCGCUGCUUCUUGGCCGCGUGGCCGGAUACAAUGCGGCGGCAGACCUGAUCCAGAUACCCAACAUGGACUACUCCCAAGAGGCCUACAACUGCUGCCUCGAUCUGGGCGGGCACGGCGCCGUCAUCUGUCGGGGCUGGCAGAGGGAGGAGAUGCGGCUUGCUGGAGAUGUCGCAAAGAGGGUGAAGAGACAUAUCAACAGGACGCUGAUUUAUCCCCCAACAGACGCCGCUGAAGCUCUCGCGGCGGCGGAUCCGGACCUGUACGGGGAUUCUGACGCCCUGUUUAGCAACAUGAUUAAAGCCAUUCAGGGGACGUCCUAA